AUGGAAUACCGUAAAUGCCCAUUCAAAAAGAGACCAAUAUUUGUUAUCAAAGAAGAGGACACGCUUGUUGAAGAAGAUUGUCCUUUAGAUUUGUCAAUCAAAAAGCCUUUGCAAUGCAUAAGAAGAAAUAUACUGCAGUUUCAAAAAGCAAUGGAAAUACCAAUAAAUUUUUCAAAUCGUUUGGACACAAUUAAAGAAGAAGAUUGCCAAACGAUAAUCUAUGAAGAAAAACAAAAUUGUUUGAAUGUACCCCAGGAUUUGAGUUCGAAAAAUUAUAUUCAAUUUGUGAAUUGUAACAAUAGCCAAGUAUCGAGCAGUUACCUGGAAAAUCAGUUUGAAAUAACUACAUUCAAUUCAAAUAGAAACUAUAAUAAUAAUUUAAUUGAUUCCACUCGUAUAAAAGAUGAAUUAAAUUAUAUAAAAAACUUAAGAACUUCACCAAUUUCACCAAAUGAUUUUAGUUAUAUUGAUAAACAAUAUGAAAAUAUAAAAUACUCGGAUAUAAUUGAAGAUGAUUUUAACACACCUCAAGAUCUCACUAUAAAAUCACAAAUCAAAUCAACAAUUUUGGUUGCACGCAAUCCAAAUAUAAUGGAGGAAUCAAAUAUAAUAUUACAUAAUCAAAAUUCUCUUAAUAGACACAAUGAUGAUUCUUAUUAUCGUUGUAGUACAUGUACAAAAUGUUAUUCAACAUAUAAAGGUUUAAUAAAACAUCAACAAACACAUAUCACUAAUAAUGAACAAAAUUAUAUUAAUGUAAUUGAAAAUACUUCAAAUAUAAAUACAAUUGUUACAACAACAAAUAAUGAUGGUGGCUUCAACAACAACAGUAAUAUUAAUAAUAAUAAUCAAAUUACAAAUUUACAACAACGUGUUGUUAAUAUACAUCGUUAUCAAUGUAAAGAUUGUGGUAAAUCAUAUUCAACAUGUUCAGGUUUAACAAAACAUCAACAAUUUCAUUGUCCGAAUGCAGAAGGAAAUCAAGUGAAAAAAGUUUUUAGUUGUAAAAAUUGUGACAAAGUUUAUGUUUCAUUGGGUGCUCUAAAAAUGCAUAUUCGAACACAUACAUUACCAUGUAAAUGUCCACAAUGUGGUAAAGCAUUUUCACGUCCAUGGCUUUUACAAGGACAUAUACGUACGCAUACUGGUGAGAAACCAUUUAGCUGUCAACAUUGUAAUAGAGCAUUUGCUGAUCGUUCAAAUUUAAGAGCACAUUUACAAACACAUUCAGAUAUUAAAAAAUAUUCAUGUACAACAUGUAGUAAAACAUUUUCAAGAAUGUCAUUAUUAGGUAAACAUUUACAAAGUGGUUGUCCCGGUACAAUUAAAAUAAAUCAAUUAUCUGAAACAAUUAUUAAUCAAACCGCAUCACAAUCAUAUGACAAUCAUAAUGAUUUCGUUGUGAAAAUUGAACAAUUACAUCAAAAUGAGACACAAACGAAUUCAGGAAAUAUUCAUUAUUUCAAUAGUGUUAUUAAAGGACCAACAAACUAUGAACAACAGAACCAUCAACAAUCAUUUGAAAAAAUACUGUUGAAGGAGGAUAAAGAAAAAGACAUUAUUGAAACGAUUUCAUAUCGUAAAUUAACGGAAUUACCUGGUAAUGGUUGCUGUUGUUAUGGCAUCGAACCUCAUAAGGGUAAUACCUGUAUUAUAUUUGCGAUGAUUUCUGAAAAAGUCACGUUCCGAUCAUUUUAUUCUGAACAUGAAAUUGUACCUGAGAAUUUUAUUGAAAUGCCCUCAAAGCAUAAUAUAAUCGUAGUUAUUUAUGGAAAAGAAUUAAAUAAUGUUUUAAUAAUGAAAAUGGAUGAUGAUAAUAGCGUUGAAUGUAAUGAUGAUGAUCCUUUACUGUAUUUAAAG